GCCUGUUUUGUACUGAACCAGAUAAAGCCGACAAGAAUGGGAUUAGGUAUAGUUGAAAGAGAAUUAGAGCUCACUUGUGUUGAACAUUGUAGUGAUACCUGAGUUAAUAUAUGGGCCUGGAAGGGAAAAGGGGGCAUUGUGUAGCCAAUUUACAAAGGCCAGCCUUUGCCAAUCUGAUGCACUCCAAAUAUUUUGGACUACAGUUUCCAGCAUUUCAGGCCAUUGUCCAUGCUGGCUGGGACUGAUGGGAGUUAAAGUCCAGAACAUCUGGAGGGCACUAAGUUGGUGAAGGCUAGCAUACUCUGUUGCAGGGGCGGGAAGACUUUAAGCUUGUAGGAUGGACUUUUUUGCAAGUUUUACAAGAUUCUCAAGUUCUACCAACCAUAGAGAUAUGCAGAAUGGAGGACCAAGGUUAGCCUGUGCCACAGGUGGAACUCAGGAAGAAUGUACUUGGAGGACCACUCCUGGCUUUCCCCUAAGGUCCCUUUCAGCAGCUUUAUUUGGGCAAGGCAGAAAUCUGGACGAUGUGGGUUCAGCUGCAGCAAAAUGAACCUCAGCUGCUGGGAAACCUGAAGGAAUUCUUGGCCAAAAUGACACACUUGAUCAUGGAAGCUAAGCAGGAAAAAGAGAAAUUAGAGUUAAUGCUGAAAAUACGAGUGGCUGAACACAACAAGGAGGUACAGCAGCUGUAUGAGGAAAUGGAAGAGCAAAUAGAAAGUGAGAAGCAAAGGCUGCAGAAUGAGAGUAAAACAAGAAACCAGUUGCUCAGCAUGGAGAUGAAGAAAGCCUUGGACUUCAGGGAACAGGAAAUACAGCGUUUCCUCAGUGUGCAGAAAGAGCUUGAGAAACAGUUUCUCAGCCUCAAAGAAAAGCAGCAUGUGGCCAGUACUGAAACUCAGCAGCUCAAGCAAGCCAACAGUGUCCUUGAGAACCAGCUACAGCAAACCCUGCAUCAGCUUCAAAGGACUCAAAGGCAUCUGGAUGCCAUGAAGGAUAAAAUGGCUCAGAUGUACAAACAAGGCAGGGACAGACCCCUGGAGGAAGUCUCCGAGAAGAUGCCUCAAAGACCACAGGACCUUCUCCAUCCAGACGAGAUGUUCAGUUCUCAAUUGCAGAUGGGCCUGGUACGCAGUCAGAGUGAGGAUAUACUGGACAGCUCUGCUCAUCAGGCACCUGAUGAUGUGGCAUCAAUGACCAAAGCUGACUCACAGCCCGUAACAAGAGUGAUUUCCAUCGAAGAGGAACCUUUGCCAGGGACUGUUGUAGAAGAAUACUAUUUCCCACCGGAGCCUUCUGGCCAGAACUCUUUGUUUACAGAGCUGAAUGAGGCUAUAGCACUAAUGAAUAAAAUGUCUGAAUCACACACACCACAAAUAAAUGACUUUGGCUCUCAAGAACAGGAACCCUUCGAACAAAAUGGAAAUUCUCAGCACAAUCUUAUGCCAGAAAGAGCUCCUCCAAAUGAAGUUCUUUCUAAAAAUAAUGGCCUACAGAAGAUGAUUUCUGAAACUCUUACUGGCAAUGCUACAUCGCAAGCAGAGAUUCUUCUUAAAGGAGGACCAGCUCUGGAGAUGAAGCAAACUAACAUUUUUGAGCCAAGAGUGGAAGUCUCAAGUUCAGAGCCAGUGCAGAGAAGAAACUGCGGUCCUGUGGUUCAAUCUCUUGGUUAUUCAGUGCUGGUAACGCAAACGUGUGACCACAAGGAGGGCCCAUUACAAGGGGAUGCUCUGCUUUUAGAGCAGGUAAUACAACCUGAAAGUCGUAAUCAGUGUCCAUCUGUUGAUUCUGAAAAGGGAAUGUUAAAGCAAUCUCAAGAGAUGCAAACACCAAUAAGAAAGAUUCCUGAGACUCAGAUUCCCCCCAUGAAAGAUAUGCCAUCAGUUCAUUUCCCAACCAAGAAAACUCUGCCCAUGUUACAUGAAAGGCAUGAGCAUGAGGCAAAUAUCUCACUUUUCCAAAACAGCCAAUUAGGGAAUUCAUCUGAGAUGGAGAUGCGGACCUCAGAGGGAACAGGAGUUCUGUUAUCAGAAGACAGAGGAGAAAGAUUGGCCAAUGUAUCUGAGUAUAAGAAGAAUCAAGAGGGCAGGGCAGAAAAGGGAGAACAAACAAAUGACAAACUGGAAGAUCACAGUUGCCAAGGAAAUGACACCAAAGAAGCUUAUAAAGACACCACGACUGUCUGCUCUCAUCCAGACCAUAUGUAUAAUGUGCUCUUUGUAGGAGACUCUUAUGUGGGCAAAACAUCCUUUUUGCACAGAUUUCAAGAUGGUUCGUUCAUUGCAAAUAUGACUUCAACUGUAGGAAUGGACUACCGGAUCAAACACCUCUUUGUGGAUAACAAGUACUUUGCUUUAUGUCUCUGGGAUACAGUUGGCCAAGAAAGAUACCACAGUCUCACCAAGCAGUUCUUCCGGAAGGCUGAUGGAGUGGUGCUGAUGUAUGACAUCACGUCAGAAUACAGUUUUGCAAAUGUGCGAUACUGGCUUCAUUGCAUCCAGGAAGGAGCAGGGAAGGGAGUUAUCAUCCUUCUACUUGGUAACAAAACAGAUUGUGUUAAAGAAAGGAGAGUAUCUACACAAGAUGCUGCGUACUUGGCCAAGGAUUUUUCUCCAGAAAACAUGGAGCUUUCUGCCAGUGAACUCAGCAUUUAUGAUAAACUCUCAGAGACCAUUGACUUGGUGAGGCAGACUGGUUAUCAAUGUGGCAUGUCUGAAAAGGCCAUUGAGAAAUUCAUCAGACAGCUCUUGGAGAAAAAUGAACCACAAAGAGGACCUCCGCGUUACCCUCUGUUGAUGUUUCUUUACAAGGGUCUGGUUACCUUGGGGUUAGUUUUACUGACUGUGUACUUCAUGAUCCAGCCAUAUUCCCUUUCACCACCUGAAACUACACUCUCCAGAGCCUAUGCCUGGGGCUCCCUCCUUAGUCACAUCAGACUGCUGCCUUUACCCAUUACCAAGAAGUAUAUGCUGGAGAUGUGUCAAGACUGGUGGGGUUUAGAUUAUAGACAAAAUGUGUCUCUGACUGCCAACUGGUCCUGCUGCUGUUCCAUGAAAAAGGUUGAGAUGGCAGCUGACUUAGGACAGCUAUCAGAAAAACUCCUGCAACCACAGCCUCUCUUGAUCAAGACAGGGCAGUACCGGUCUUAUGCAGAAAUGAAGCAUUUUCAGUCCCUGUACCCUGACUUGACAGAUUUUGUGAUUCAAGAGCACUCAGCUGAGGAAUGGAAAAGCCAUCUGCAGCAGCAGUCACCAUCUCGUAUUUUACGGCAGAGCCCUAUGAAUAAACCACAGAUUGUGCAGGAGAUUUUCCCCAUGUUCACUUCGCUGAUGUUUCCAAAGGCCGUUUCCUUGAAUACUUGUUUUCUUAUCAACCACCCAAGACUUCAAGAUAAGACAUACAGGCUACAGAGCAUCUUUGUGGUUGGAAGUGGUCAGCUUACUUUGCAUGUUGUUCCUUCUGCAUUAUGUAGAGGACAUUGCAAGAUGCUGACGGUUGAGCUGGAGGUUGGGGAUGUAGGUUUUGCAAAUGAGGACUACUGGACACUUUUCUUUGACUCCAGGGGAUCAGAACCUGCUGUUGUUUGUGAUGGAUCUGCAAGUUAAAAGCUGUGAAAAACAAGUUGUUGCAGUUUAGAAGACUUGGGAUCAAAGACAAGGAAACAACCUACAAAAGAGAUAAGGAAGACUUAGCUACAGUUUCCAGGAAUCUUUCCCCCUGUUCUUUGCAUCUGCAGUGAAAGAAGCCAUGCGCUUUAAAAUGGCAUCUUCUCCUGACCUUCAAGAUAACUUUGGAUACCAUUUUCCUCAAAUGUCAUGUUAGGAGUCCUUUCUCUCUAGUCAUGUGUAGGUUUGUUCCUGAAAGCAGAUGAAGCAGUUCUGAGGAUUGGGAAAUCUGCGAUAUGUUCUUUGCGAACAUUCUCCUUCUGACAGCACUGUGGGAAUUCUCACAAAAUUCUUCUUUCCAGACAUCCUGGAGAGAUAGUAUCAGGGCUGCUGACUGGAUCCCUUCUGCAAAACGAGCAAACUAUUGAAGUGUCAUCUGAGGCCAAAGGACACAACUAUCCCCUGAAGGUGGUGUUUGCUCAAGUCCUAGUUCUGCCUUAGUUCUGCAAUGAAGACAUUCUUUCCAGUGGGAAAAAAAUCACAGUAUCUCUCUACCAAACAAAAUACUAGAGUGACUUUAUGUAGUCACCCUUCAAAUGUGUGUGGUUGAGGUGGGGUUCAUAUACUUGACAAGGAGAAGUGCUCUUUUCUUUUUCCAUCUCUUUUCACUAAUGUUGAAAUACAUAUUCUUGCUGCUUCUCUGGUCUGGGUCAGUUUAAUGCCAAAUUCAAGAUUUUUUCAAAGUGACUAAUAAUUGCAUCAAGCAGCCAAAUUUGCUAGAGGACUGUUUUUCCCCUUGCUUUCAGAACAUUUUGAGCACUAUUCUCCCCCACCCCCCAAAAUCAGGCCUUUUGGAGGUGUCCAGGGUGGGCAGCCCAAAUUACCACUUUUGUAGCCAUGUUCACCUAAACCCAAGAAAUGAUAUCUCAAAAACUUCAUUGCUACUUUUGCUUGAAUACUGUCCUACUCCUGUUUAAAAUAUGCUGAUGGGUGCAUAAUUUAUGGGCAGGAUUACAACAAGUAGGCUGAAGGUUUAUGCUAUGAAGAUGUUUACCCUUCCCCUUUUCCCUGCAUUCUGAUAUUGUUUGCUCACAUCUUAAUCUUUGUUUUAGAAUGCAUGUUGAUUAUUCUGGAACUCCUUCCAGACUUUGCAAAUUUUCCUUUCACUGCUCAGGGGCUCAUCUGUCCAGUGUCUUUAGAGAGGAUCGAUUUCAAGCAUGUGCUGUCCACAGUUGUCAUGCUUUCCAAGAGCGAAUCUUUAAGUUCCUGCUGUGUUAAGAUAAUUUGCAGAUGUGUCAGGUUGUAGUCAGAACCCAGCAAUGAUAUCUGGGGCAUACAUUUUGUUUAUGAACUAUUGGUGAUUCUUUUCUUUCCAAACAAGCUAACAAUACAACUUUUCAAAUGUGUUAAUGUGUAAACAGAGGUCAGUUUUAAAGAAGGGAUUGGAACUUUUUAUCUUCCUUUGUUAGAAAAGUAGGUUGGAUAGAUUAUUAGUUAUAUGCCAGCAGCAAUUAAUUGCCCCUGUCAGAAUCAAGGCCCCAUUCUGCUGGAGACCAUGCAAGUUCACAAAAGUUCUCUCUCCCCCACCCCCAUUUUUAAUUGUGUUGUGAAAGGCUUGCUUAUGACAGCAGAGAGUUAGAUGUAUGUACAUUUAAAGGAUCAGUAUAAAACUAGGAGGCAGCACUGUGGCCUAGUUUUGGAUUUUUGUAGGGUUGGCAUUUAAGCUAUUUAAUGUCCUGGUAUUUCUCUUGACCAGAUGGCUGACAUUUUUUUUUUAUUCCCCUUCUUAUUCUAUAAUGUAAAUUCUCGUGUUUAGGUUGCAAAGAUGACCUCCCCAAAACCCACCUUCCCUUUUCUCCAUCAGAGCUAUAUAUUAUGUUAAAUAUGUAUGUGAUGAUAGCACAUAUAGCAGGAAAUGUGUGCCACUAGCUUUUUCACUAGUGGUCCAUUAAGAAAAAGUAUUUAUAACCAUUUCAGGAUAUCAUGUUGAUUUAAUCUGGUUAAGAGGCACCACAGUCCUCUACAUGUUUAUUUGGACAAAACUCCCGCUGCAUUUAGUGGUGCUUCCUCCCAGGAAAAAAUACUACAGUCCCAUGGCCAUUUACCUGAGAGCAAAUGGGACUUCUCAGUGGACAUAUAUAUUGUUGUUUUGUAAGUCAGACAAAAGAUAACGGACCUCAUUUUCUAUAUCUUAGCAGGGAUCCAUAUGUAUCUUCAUAUACUUUUUUCUGCUAGUUUUUUUUUGCUGGUGUUAAUUUAUACUUUGAAGCUUAGUAAGCUUAGGUUCUUCUAAGCUUUUCCCAAGGAUGCAUUUUCAGAGCAAAUACUGUGGAGAUUUACACACAGAAUAUAGCAGCAAAUUGUGCUGUGUCAAAAUGCAUUUGUUUCACAUACACAAAAUGCAGGAAACACAUCCAAACAGAAUUUCAAUUGACUCAGAUUAAAGAGCAUUCAUACAUAUAAAGGUAAAGACACAAUUUCUGUAUUGGUAGUGAAAUGUCUGUCUUCUAAGGAAUUAUAUCUGUGUUGCUGACUGCAGGGAUGCUGGUGGUGGAAUCAGUCUUACUGUCAACCUCAGGGUCUGUAGAGAGCAAUGGUUUUAAAAGCCAUUUUAUACAUGUGCUGCAUGUUUCUCUCUUCCCACCUCAAAUGCCGAUCAAGAACUUGCUAGUCUGUUGGACAGGAGAUAAUGAGUCUGUCCUUCAUACAGACUGCCUUUCCACGUGCGCUUCGUCUUUGCAUAGGUUUCCAGAUCUUUGUCUAGGAGGUGCUGUGCUUAUGUCCAAGCCUUGUUCCCUCUGGAGUUUACAUCAUUUGUUUUCAAACUUCCAGUACAUUUUCUCCUUCUCUUCCACAAGCUGCAAGGAAUUAAAAGCAGAAGUAAUUGCUCAACAGGAACCAGAGGUCCAAGUUCCUUAAUUUUCAGCUGAUUAAGAGCAUUUAAUUAGAUCUGAGUUUUCUUGUCUGAUCUGGAAUACAAAGGACAAUUCUAAAGCUUGUUUUGACACCUGUCUCCAUCCCUUUCUGCAAUGGCCAGAGAAGUUGUGUUGUCACCUUCAUGCUUCUAUUACAGCUUUGGUGGAUAAGCAUGAAAAGGAAAAACCUCACGAAGAUACAGACUAAAGUUUAGAGCUAGUGAGACCAGUUUUUCUAAUCCAGAAAGUACUAAGAAUCAGAAAUUGUUCUGUAGGCAAGCCAACCUUAAAAAAAGCUGAAAGUAAUUGGUGUAUAAUGCAGAAUGGUAAAUACUUUCUGAAAGUUCAUAGGAGGUGAUAACCCUAGAGAAGUGGACAUUUAAAAAACAAACAAUUUCUAAUGGCUUAGUGACACACAGUGUCAUUGAAUAAAUACAGUCCUGAACAGAUCUCCACACUUCUGCAAUCUUAUAUCUUGCUGGUAUGUUUGCAUGCCAUUGAUUCAUUCUUUCCUUCACAAAAUGUUUUUUGGGCUGCUGGUGUGAUCUUAGUGGUAUUCCUUGCCUAGCUCUUACUCUUUUUGGACAAGCAAGCUGUCUCUUCGGUUGUGCUGCAGUGUUUACAAAGAUUAGUGUUUGUCUGAACAGUGCAUUCCUGAAUCCUGCAGUUGGAAUCCUAAGGAGGGGCUCGUCAUGGUGCUGUGGGUUGGCACAAUUGGUUGCUAAAGUUCACAAGCCAAGAUAUGAGGCUUGUUUGCCAAGUUCUUAAUAAUGAGAGGUUUUUCCAUAUGAGCAAAUCACUGAUGUGACAUAAUGGCAGGAAGAAGUGAAUUGGAUGGGAGAAACUUAUUGAUCAUAAGACAGUCAGACUGAGACUUCCCCAGCUGUCUAGGUACCCUUCUUUCAGAGAUAUUUGGUGUCCAAAUCUGCAUGGCAUUCCCCUCCCCACCCCCAUGUCAGUCUUCUAGAGCUGAGAGCCAAAUGAUUUUCUUAGCCUUUCUUAACAAUUUUGGGGAUAGUGUAUACCCUGAUGCAGAAUGGGAGACGAUACAAACAAGGUAGGAUUCAUCUCUUCAAGAGGAGAGUUUUAGUUUUGAGAGGAAAGGGACCACCCUGUAUCCUCUAGCUUUAGCAGGCCUUUUGUUAUGAAUUAGGACUUACAAGGUCAGGCCUUUCUUGAUCUGUUGCUUUGCCAGGCUGUAAGCACCCUUGCCAUUAAUCAUCUGUCCCGCAGACUCAGAACUCACAAAGACCAAACCAUGGGAAUCAAGAAAUGCAGCUGCUUUGAAUCGGAGAUGCUUACAUCUCAGAAUAUUCAACCUUUUUCUUUUUGUAUUUCAUGUAGGGAAAUGUAUAGUUCAGGGAUGCCAAAUAAUAUUGGCCCUUUAAAGAAAGCUAUAUAAUUUGCUAUUUUAUUGAAUGAGAGAAACACUGGGCUUUCUGUUGUAUUUGAGACUUGAAAAAAAAAACUUUAAAAAUUUGUUUGUCUAUGCUGGGAAUAGAGGUAAUAUGGGUAAUUAUUAUAUAUACAUAAUGGCUCAGGGUUGACUGGGAAAUAGCGGAGUAUGUGUGUAAUAUAUAUUUAUAGCUAGCUAGCUGUCUGUCUGCACACACACACACGCACACAUAUGAGAAAAACAUGCCACAAAUUAUGGAUCUUCUAAUAGAGAAGAAUGUAAAUAUGCAAUUCAUUGAGAGUUUUAUGAACAAUUAUAAAGUAAUAUAUUCAACUUUUUGUAAAUGCUUGGGAAAAGCCUGUAAAGAGUAAAUAAGUCAGAUUUGUAUGUUUGGGAUCAGGGGUCAAUUUUUACUUUUUGCAGUUAAGUACAACUAUUGAUGCACUUUUCCUCAUGUGGGUUCUCUUUAUUAAAGAAAUGUUUUCACUACCAAGGGCCACUGUUUUCUUCAUGUUACCUCAGGGGUUAAUUGAAUUAAUGGGAAUUUUUUAGGAAUCUCAACUAUACCCUUCUGUCCAUUUCUUGAACAAUCAGAUUGAUCAUGCACUCUGUCAACUAAAUAAAUAAUCAUUUGUUUCUGCCAGGGAUCCUAUUUUUUUAAAAUGAAGCAAAAUUACACAUUGCUAUUACUUUUGUGGUUCUGUAGAAUCUGAAAGAGUUGGUAAAGAUGGGUAAAGAUGGGCCAGGGAGAGCUAAGAGACUGCAGAUGAUAUGGUCAAUACAACCUCAAUUGACUUUACAAGGGAAGAUGAAGAUGGUUUGAAGAAAGGUUCUCUGUGAGGAGAUGUUUUGACAAUAAAGGUGGAUACCAUCCUCUUAUGAUCGUAGGCACUUUUGGAGGGCAAUUUAUUAUGCAGGAAUCAAAGCUUGUGGAUCCUUUGAGAAAUCUAAAGUAAUGUGAGGGAUUUCUUACACUGAUUAAUCUAGUCCAGUAUUGUUGACCUUGACUGGAAGUGGCUUCUAGGGGUUCUGAGUGGGGUUCUUUCCUAGCCCUACUUGGGGAUGUUCGGGAUUGAACUGGGAGCCUUCUGCAGGUUGAGGAUGUGCUUUGUCACUGAGCCAUGCCUCCCUCUCUGAAGAAUGGCUACCCAUUUCCCCUCCCUCCCCAGAAAUUGUUAUUAAAGGAGGCUGCUUGUAUUUAUAGCUGAAAUGAUUCAGCGAAGAUAAGUGCAACAAAUUAAUAGUUUUGUUAUUCUGUUGGAAUAAGUGUGACCACUUUGCUUAUGUAUUGGAAUUGCCAUAUCUGAUUUAAAGGCCGCAUGUUUUGUUACUGGAAAACAGAUGAAUAAAAAAUGGUAAGAUGGUA